UAAAAAUUUCUCCCAGCGUGCGGUACUGCGGUUGGAGCAAAUGGGUGUCCAUUGAAGUAUCGAAUCCAAUUGUUGAGGUGCCGCAUUAGAAGAAAAUUCUGCGCCGGAAGACGAUGGGAACUCCUGUCGAUCUGCCGGGCUCCGGAAGCAUUCCUCGCUGGCUGCUAGGGUUUCUGCAAGAUCACUUUCGGGAACCCGAAGAUCUCUCUUCAAUUCAAUCUUUCACGGCUCGGCUGAAGCAACAGUGCGACGAUCACGAAGUGGAGCUCCUCAACCUAAAUAGGAGACUCUCUCUUUCCCUAUCAUCUUGGAUCUCCCAGUCCAACGAAAUGGGGAGGAUCCUAAGCGGGAUAGAAUCCUGUCAUCCUUGCUCAUUGCCAGAUGAAAGUGUGAGAUCGCAUGGGAAGAACUUGCUUGUUGAGUUGCCCUUGAUCGCCAAGGAGGUUGGCCGCAUCCACUCAGUCAGGCUUUAUGCGGAGAGUGUACUUCGUCUAGAAACCUUAGUUGGUGACCUUGAAGAUGCAACAUUGUCAAUGAUGAAGCAAGUUUCUAGAAAGACCAAAGCAUCGAAUCAAACUAUUGCUCAAGAUGAAAGUGGAUGGCGGCUAGCAAAACAGCUUGUGGCAGUAAAGGCUAUGAAGGAUAUAGAGGAAGUUCUAGCUGGUGUUGCAAAAAACAGACCUUGGUGGACAAAUUUGCUCAAGGCUGUUGAUUCUAGAGUGGAUAAAGCUCUUGCCAUUUUGAGACCACAAUGUCUAACUGAUUACAGAAUUCUAAUUGCAUCCCUUGGGUGGCCACCAGCCCUUUCUGCAACUAAUGUGGAUAAAGAUAAUUGCAUGGAAAUGCAAAAUCCAUUGUUUCUAAUGCAAGGGGAAAAGAAAGCCAGGUAUUCUCAGAGCUUCUUAGUAUUAUGCUCCCUGCAGCAGCUACAGGCCAAGCGAGAAGCACGCUCAAGUCUUCUACAGAAAAAUCAUAGAGCUUGUAAUCCUUCAGAUUUCAAUGAUGUGGGUGAAGUGUCAUUCUUCAAAUAUGGCCUUUGGCCUAUAGAUGAACUGGUGAACCCUAUUGCCUUACGGAUGGAAUAUCAUUUCUCCAAAUGGUUAGAUCAACCAAAAUUCAUCUUUGCACUUGUCUACAAAAUUACACAAAAUUUCUUGGAUGGAGUAGAAAAUAUUUUGCAGCCUUUUAUUGAUAAUGCAAUGAUUCUGGGUUGCAGUGCUAAGGAAGCUUGGGUAUUAGCAAUGAUGAAAGUGCUUUUGGAUUAUUUAGAGAGACAGGUUUUUCCUGCCCUUACUAAAAAUCACUGCAAAAGGGAUGUAGAUGCUGACUCGGAGGUAACCUCUUCAUUGCUUCAUAUGGUUGACCUUAUGAUUGCGUUUGAUAGGCGGAUGAAGAUUCUUUCGACUUCAGGAAUUCAUUUUACUGGAUCAUUUGCUUCCAUUGAUGGGUUUUUUCCUAGCUUUUCAAUAAUGUCAAUAUUCAAUGACAACUCUGAUUGGCUACAGAUCUGGGCUGAAAUGGAAGUGAAGGAUGCUGAAGGCAAACUAAAACCUCAACUGGAAGAUGAAACAAGCUGGUUGAAAGUUUCUAGUAAUCAAGCUGGAGAUACCUAUUACAAAGAAGAGUCAUUCCUUUUCUUAUCUAGAGAAGACUAUAAAGCUCCAUUAAUUAUUGAUUCUGUUUUUCAUUUCGCAUGGGCAAUGAUUGAGAGAGGAUUGUCCAUACCAUCCAUGCAAAGAAGGAAUCAAUUUAUUGGCGCGUCUGCAAAUUUGUUUCUGAGUCAUUUCUUCACCAUCUUGCAUGAACGUAGUAGAGAUGUUGAAUUUAUGGUUGUUAUUACAGAUGAUAUUGAACUCCUGAGACUUUGCAGUGCUAUAAAUACUGCCUGUUACUGUGAACAUGUUUUGCAAGAGUGGGGUGAGGAUGUGAAUUUGCUUGAAAUGGGUGCUUCUGGAGAUGAUUCAAAAGGGAUGUUUGAGGAUGGAAUAAUGGUCUUGGUGAAUCUGCAAACUGAUUGUCUUGAGGAGAUUUUGACUUCCCUCCUCCUUCACUUUGAUAAUUUAUGCUGGAAUUAUGUUCAAGAUAGUGGGCAGUGGGAAAUGAAGCAAGUUGACUCAGAUGGAAGCAUCCCGGAUGAAGAUUACCUAUUAAUAUCUCCAACUUUUAUGGAAGCUCUAGACAUGUUAAGAGACCGAAUCCAGUUCUUCAAGCAAAAUCUUAAUCCCCAGAACUUUCUAGACUUGUGGAGAAGCAUUGCAGGAGGGCUUGAUCAUUUCAUUUUCACAAGCAUCCCAAUGAGCAAUGCAAGUUUCUCUUCCCUGGGGAUCAAUCAGUUCAGGAUUGAUAUGAAGGCCCUUUUCCUUAUUUUUAAACCAUUUUGUGCCAGACCUGAAGCAUUUUUUCCAUGCAUCAGUAAUUCUUUGAAGCUGUUGGAAAUUAAUGCGAAAGAUGCAGAUCAGAUGCUUAAACUUUUGUCACAAGGACAUACAGUGUCAGAAGAUUGCUUGCGAUUCCAGGGAUUAUUUCAUGUGUCUCCAAGUCAAGCUAAAAAGGUGCUGAGAAACCGAAUGCGUGGAGACUGAACUAGUCAUACCUAUUCAAUAUCAUUAGAUCACGUUGGAUUAUUUUUCCUCUGCAAUUACGAGUCUCUUAGAGGAUGGAUGAGCAUUCUUGUACGCAGUUUGCCCCAACUUUGUGUGUUUUUUACCCUUUUUGGUGCCAGCAUACUGUGUUGUUUUAGGGUCUAUUUUGGGACACUCCGGUUGUUUUGCUUUUCAGAUAGCAAUUAUAAUUUUAUUUGAUUAUUAUUAUUUUUAUUA